UCUUCCAUUUCAAACGGAACUACCUCUAAACCAAACCAACCUAGAUCAGAAUGGUUGUGACUCGACUAAUGCAAAACUUGCACAAGUACCAAAUUUUUUCUUGGCAACUACCGAUGGCUUUGUAAACAACACAGCACCUCCUAGAGUGCCCAAUGGAUGGACAAGGAGAUGGAGACCACAAUGGUCCAAAUCGCCAUCAUAUCCACAUUCCAACUGAAGAUCACCCACCAAAUGGAGACAAUAACGACAUGGAAUUCAUCUUCCUCUUGCAUUUUAUCAUAAAUCAUCACAUGAGAGUCUUUAGACAAAAUCAAAUAGGCUUCAUUAAUGAAAACAUUGUAAACGUCAACAUUCUGCACCACGGCGAUAACAUGAACAAUAUUGUGGAACAUGAAGACGAAGUAGACAGUGAUGAGGCUAAUGUUGAGAUGCAGGUCAACCGUGUGAUGGAAGAUGAGGACGAAGAGGAAGAACCUCAGCCUGGACCAUCAAGAUACCGCCGUGAACAGGAAGACGACACAAGAAACAGGAAACGUUCCUCGUGGUGGCAUGAGUUUGACAACAAUUCAGACAGCAGCUUGGAUUUAGAUAAUGAAGAAGACCCUUUGUUUGGUAGAUGUGAGGAAAGGUCAAGAGAUGAGCUUGAUUCAGAUGAUAUCGCACUACAUUUUGAUCGUGAACUUGCUAAAAAUAGUGAUGUGGCUGAAGAAGGAUCCACGCAAGGAGCAAUGUUUAACUGUCUGCCCGAACCUUCAGGGAACAACUCAAUUAAUAAAGGUGGACACCGACGGAGGUCAAGAUGCAACACAUGUUUCCAACAGUGGGAUGAAGUUGAAGGCAACAGCUCUGACUGUGACACUUACUUCAAUGUCAUGGAAGAAGAGAACCCUAAAAUGAAGUCAAGAGAUAACAUUGAUUCAGAAGAGGAGGAAGAAAACUAUUUCAAAUGGCAGGACAACAUUCCAGCAAUGCCUAAUUGCAGCCAUGGGCCCACUUUGAGCAUUCGAGACACUGAUAUGGCUGAGGAGGAUGAACGUAGCAGUGCACAAGAGACUGAAGAACAUUCAACACCAGGACCAUCGAGGAUGAGGGUGCUGGAGCCUAUCCCAGCUGCACUCUGACUAAUGGAAGGGUACACCCUGGACAAGUACCCACUUCAUCACAGGGUCAACACAGAUAAACAGACAACACUCACCCUCAUAUUUACACAUUUUCCCAGUAAAUCCAAAGAAAAAAAUUAUAAAAAAUGUGUGCUAUCAAACGAUAAAAAAGGCCAAUCAGAUUAAUCACAGGGUUAAUGUGGAAUCAUUUUGAUUAAUCUUGAUUAAUCAUGAUUAGCUAACAUUCACUUUUAAUCCAUAUUAUGGUGUUUCAUUUUGCAUGAGCAAGAGACUCGAAAAAAUA